AAUCCGAUAAUCCUCAUAACAAAGUGCGAGCAACUGAAAACCCUCUUUGUAGCGAAUAGCCAUGGGGAUUCUAUCAUGGUGGAAGGGCGACAAAAAGGAAACUCCAAAAUCCACCCAGAAACCCGACCCGAUUACUCAAAUCUCAUCCGACAAGCCGGAGGUUCCGGGCAUGAAUGGAGCCGUUGAGGUUUCACGGCCAAACCCACCGCCGGCGGAUAUAACCGUUUUCGAGUUCGGGUCUGUGGCUGCUUCUGUUGAUAAGGUUACACUUGCUGGAUAUUGUCCGGUUUCUGAUGAGCUUGAGCCCUGCCGUUGGGAGAUUUUACCGGCGACUGGGUCUAACGCACCACAAUUUCGCGUGGUUUUCUGAUUUGAGUUUUUUCAGCUGAGAAAAUUUGGGAAAAAAGGUUUUUUCUGGGUUGUGUAAUUUACUGAAUAUGGUCUAACGAAAAACCUUAAUCUAGUUGGUUUGUUUGAUGAUUUCUUGUUGUGAUUCUUGAUUUUGGAUGCAUUUUUAUGCUUA